AUGAUUAAAGUGGCCCAGCCAGUGCUAGUUUGGCUUGAAGAGGCUGAGGAAGGCUCUGAAAGUGAUAAUGAUGAUGAAGAUAUUGCUGUAGCUUUUGAUGAUCGUAGCCGUGUUGUUGGGACUGUUGUUGAAAAUAAGGAGGAGGGAACAGCCAAAAAAGGUUUGGAUAAGGAGGAGGAGGGAGAAGGGGAUGUUGACAUUGACAAUAUUUAA